AUGUACAUUAGUAAACUUAUAAGUAAUAAGAAUUAUUUCAUUUCAGGUCCGCCUCAAAUGCAAGGUGGUCCAGCCCCACAUGUAAAUCCUGCAUUCUUCAACCAACCUAGACCAGCAGGUCCGCCUCAUGUCCCUGUUCAGCAUGGCCCGCCUAUUGGUCCACCUCAUGGUCCUCAACAUGGUGGUCCUCCACAGCACCCUGGUGCUCCUCCGCAUGUUCAACAACAACAUUUUCCACAAGCUGGUGGUGGAAUGCCACCUCGUGCUCCAUGGCCUGGCAAACCAGCACAAGCUCCUUACCCUGGUCCUGUCGUAGAAUCUAGUCCUCCUGUCAGUGAAAAAGAGUUUGAAGAGAUCAUGGGCAGAAACCGUACUGUUAGUAGUUCCGCCAUUGCACGUGCUGUGUCUGAUGCAGCUGCUGGAGAAUAUGCCAGUGCAAUAGAAACCCUAGUAACAGCUAUUUCAUUAAUUAAACAGUCAAAGGUAUCUAAUGAUGAUCGAUGCAAAAUCUUGAUCAGCUCCUUGCAAGAUACAUUGCAUGGGGUAGAGACUAAGAGUUACGGUUCUUCAAGAAGGGAACGAUCCAGAUCUCGUGAAAGGUCUCACAGAAGGCCAAGGCGUGAACGUUCGCCGUCCAGGUAUAGAGAACGCGAUAGAGAUCGCGAUCGUGAGAGGAGCGAGAGAGAGCGAGAUCGCUAUUACAGUGAGAGUUAUAGAGACAGAUCUAGAAGUAGGGACAGGGAACGCCAUGAUCAUUAUCGAGAAUCAAGAAGGAAGUUCAAGUCGUGACGUAGUGGAUGUCGGACCGUGUCAGAGCCUCCGAAAAGGGGUGGAGGUUAUUAUGACGACCGUUACCGCGAACGAGAACGCGAUGGUCGCAGAGAUAUUGAACGUGAUAGAGAACGCGACCGACGUGGUGAAGAUCAUAGAUCAAGGCAUUAA